AUGUUCACAGGCUACAGAAGGCACGAGCUUGUCUACUCUAAGCCGAGCAACAACAACGCGAUUGUUAAGAAGUUCGACGAUAAGUCAGAUGCCUAUACUGAUAUAGAGCACGAAAACGAUGGCCGCUCGGCACGGCCCGGGAAAUGCUGGGUAUGCGGCCAAGCCGACGAACGGACGCAGAACCCAAAGCUGAAAGUUCUCUGUUGGGAGGAUAUCGACUUGUGGAUUAUCCGCGAUCCAGACGGCAACGGCGGCCGCGACCACCUCGCGAUACAGAUUCUCCUCCGGUGGCACAAAGGCGAAAACAAGAAACUCGUUUCCACGUGGUACAUUUUUGUGGAAGAGAAAUUGCCCGCCUUAUGCCCAGUGGCUAACAUUCUAGCCAAGGCACUUGCCGAAGGGGUCAUUGCCAACGAGGAAUACCAGGACAAGGUUAAACCAUUCUUUAACACUAAACUCAACCAGAAGGCCGUUAGAGUCCGUUGGAAGCCUGAGUAG